AGGAGUCAAAGGCAGUCUCCGCCAAUCUUGUUUAAAAAAAAAAAAAGGAGCGCUGGAUUUUUUUGGGUCCUACCCAAGCGCUUCCCAAAAUACCGAACUCUUAUCUUUAUUGGCCUUUCCAGAAGUCCAGACAAAUUUGACGAGCAGCUUGCUUAUCGCCGCGCAGAUAGGUCGCUUGCCGGCUCCUUCUGUCUGACGCGCAGCAUUUCACAAGAUAUUGUGCCCAGUAAUAAUAAUUAUAAUUACAAUAAACCAAAGACACUCUGGUUUGGAGCAGAGGCGAGUAGGUGCUGGAGAGCCAGGCCACGCAGACCUCCCUGGGGCCGACCCUCUCCGUCAAGUCUUCCCUGAAUCUGCUCCUUUCAAGCCAUCUGAGCAUUUUCCAUUUUUCCCUUUUCCCUUUUCCCUUCCCUCCUUCCACCCGCCCUUCCCUCCUGGGCUGCGGCUGCAGCGGAGGACCCAACGAGGGCAACGCGGACCAUGGCGGACGCCGACGAAGCCUUUGGCCUCCCCCACACGCCCCUGGAGGCCGAAUCUAAGGAGCUGCCUCCCGAGGCCAAGCAGGAGAACCCUCUGGGGAGUAGCAGCAAAGCUCCCGCGUCUCCUCAGGCGGCUUUCACCCAGCAGGGCAUGGAGGGGAUCAAAGUGUUUUUACACGAGCGAGAACUGUGGCUAAAAUUUCAUGAAGUGGGGACCGAAAUGAUCAUCACUAAAGCAGGAAGGCGUAUGUUCCCCAGUUACAAAGUCAAGGUCACUGGACUGAAUCCCAAAACGAAGUACAUCCUGCUCAUGGAUAUUGUACCAGCUGACGACCACAGAUACAAAUUUGCAGAUAAUAAAUGGUCUGUGACUGGGAAAGCAGAGCCUGCCAUGCCUGGACGGCUGUAUGUGCACCCCGAUUCUCCAGCCACAGGUGCCCACUGGAUGCGGCAGCUGGUCUCUUUUCAGAAACUGAAGCUCACCAAUAAUCAUCUGGACCCAUUUGGACAUAUUAUACUGAAUUCCAUGCAUAAAUACCAGCCUAGACUGCACAUCGUGAAAGCAGACGAAAAUAAUGGAUUUGGCUCGAAAAACACAGCCUUCUGCACCCAUGUCUUCCCAGAGACGGCUUUUAUCGCUGUGACCUCCUACCAGAAUCACAAAAUCACCCAAUUAAAGAUCGAGAACAAUCCUUUUGCCAAAGGAUUCCGGGGAAGUGAUGAUAUGGAGCUUCACAGAAUGUCAAGAAUGCAAAGUAAAGAGUACCCAGUGGUUCCCAGGAGUACAGUGAGACAGAAAGUCACUGCCAAUCAUAGCCCCUUUAGUGGGGAGGCCCGAGUUCUUGCAACCUCUUCCAACUUGGGAUCCCAGUACCAGUGCGAGAAUGGCGUCUCCAGUACCUCCCAGGAUCUGCUACCCCCUCCCAACCCAUACCCGCUGUCCCAAGAGCAUGGCCAGAUUUACCAUUGCACCAAGAGAAAAGAUGAGGAAUGUUCCACCACUGAUCAUCCCUACAAAAAGCCCUACAUGGAGACGUCCCCCACCGAAGAGGAUCCCUUCUAUCGGUCCAGUUACUCCCAGCAGCAGGGGCUGAAUCCCUCCUACAGGACUGAGUCUGCCCAACGCCAAGCCUGCAUGUAUGCCAGCUCUGCUCCCCCCACAGACUCCGUGCCCAGCCUGGAAGACAUUAGCUGUAAUACGUGGCCCGCCAUGCCUUCGUACAGCAGCUGUACAGUGACCGCCAUGCAGUCUGUGGAUAGACUCCCCUACCAGCAUUUCUCAGCCCACUUCACUUCGGGGCCCUUGGUGCCCCGUUUGGCUGGGGUGGCCAAUCACAGCUCCCCCCAGCUCGGGGAGAGCAUGUUUCAGCACCAGACAUCCGUCUCCCAUCAGCCCGUGGUACGGCAGUGUGGGCCGCAGACCAGCCUCCAGUCUCCUGGCAGCAUACAGCCUGCCGAGUUCCUGUACUCUCACGGGGUACCGCGAACCCUCUCUCCUCAUCAGUACCACUCUGUCCAUGGGGUGGGCAUGGUGCCAGAGUGGAGUGAGAACAGCUAAGACUGAGCAAGGGACUUUGAUGGCAGACAUGAAAGACAAGGGAGAAUGAGAGACAGAAACCUUAUUUGGCAAGAUUUCCUCAAAGCGGGCCCUCGCGCCAAUUGGACGCUGAUUUGAAACCACAAUUCAAAAAAUGUGACUUCUUUGUUUUGUUUCAAAAACUAAAAAAAAAAAAAACAAAAAAAAACAACCCCACUGAAAAAACAAAUCUGCUCCGUGGUUCCCUCUCCUCUCACCUUCCAACCCACCUUCUGUGUCUACCCUGAGGCCUGAGCUGCGUUUCUGCAUCUCAACACCAGAGCUGUAACUAGGGUAGGCCAACCAGAGCUUGGUCCCCAGGUGCCCUGGUUUAGAGGGCAUAGCCAGCUCUUGCAGUCAAUCAAUCAACACAUCAAGUCAACAAACAUUCAGUAAGUGCUAAUUAACACUGUGUUAAUUGCUGAGGAUACAAAGAAAGGUGAAAACAACCCAGUGACCUCAAGAAACUCACAUUCUAAUGGGGGAGACAUAUUAAAGUGCCUACUAUGUACCAGGCACUGUGUUAGGAGCCGAGGAUAUCGAUACAGAUAAUAAAGUAUUCCCGAUCUGAGACUUCCAUGAGCUCCUUCCCCUUUUUUCUUUGUCCCCUGGUGACCAUCAUCCUCCCAGCAGUAGCCUCACCAAAGGCAAUGUUUCAGGGUCCUUGUCUCCCCCUUUCUUCCCAACUCUUGGUAACUGAUAUCAACCUUUCUUGCCACUUGCCCCAAGCACUGUUUUGUGUGCUUGUUCUCCUGUUGCGACUCUGCUCAAAACAAAUUCAACAAAUCAAGCUAAGAAUCAUUUACAAAGUGCCUAUUAUGUACAAGGCACUGUGCUAGGUGCUGGUGAUACAGAGACAAAUUUAAAAAAAGGAAAGAAAAGGAAAAAAAGGAAAGAAAAGUAGUUCCUGUCCUCAGAGAGCUUACAUUCUAGUGUCUUCCUUCUGGUCUUCGGACAUUCUUCCAUCUCCUGUUGACUCUCUUAUCACAGAGUUCAACAUCCCGAUGCCUUGGAUGUUCAUUUCCUGGCCCGGAUCCCUUGGUGUUAAUGUUAACAUUGUUAUAUAAUAAAUGAUAAUAUAUUUUUUCUCUCUCUUCUCUUAAAGGGACCUGGUCUCUUUUGGGUGGGAGACCCAGACAGGAUGUGUUCCAACAUGUACUUGUUUAUGGAUUAGCUUUUUUCCCCAAUCAUCUCUUGCUUCUUCCUCUUCUUAUCCCCAAAAGAUCCAUAUUCCCCUUGAUUAAGAAAGUGUAGGUAUCUACCUCUGACAUAAGAUAUUUCUGCAAAUGUCGAAUGCAACCUAGCUCCUCUUUGUGUUUGAUCUUUAUAAUAAAAACAUGACACUCUCUUUUUGACCUGCCAAUGGGACUAAGAAAGCUACUCCUGUCUCAGUCUGGUGAGGUUUCUUUCCAAAGACCUUUCCUGUUCCCUCUUCAUAGUCAAUGUGGGCUGAAGGCAAAUGUGUUGCUUUUGGGGGAAAAAAGUGGAAAGUGAUUGGUUUCGACUUGGGAAGAACUUUGAUCAUAAGAGGACCACCAACUCAGGAGUUGAUGGAAGAGACAAAAAAGCCAAAAUAAAUGCAUCCGUUGACCAAAAAGUAAAUCAGUUGCGACUCCGGCCUCUAUCCCCUGCCCUUCAACCCACUGACCCUGCCUGCAGAAAUGGAAGAAGACUUUACAAGACACACUCUUAUUUUCAAAUUCUCUCUUUCCAAAGAAACCACAGCAAUGCCAAAAGGAAACAAACUGUAUUGGAUGGUGGGGGGCGGGGGGGUGUGGUGGUGUGUGUGUGUGUGGGGAUUUUUUAAAAAGAGCAUAAAAUGGUAAAAAAAAGUUUGUAAGUAAAACUAUUGCAGGGUUCUUCAGAUGUAAUAUUUUACUGGUACUAUUUAUUUAUAAAUAGGAAUUCUAAUUAAGUAAUAACAGGUAAUAAAACCAGUGUAUCUGCUGGUUGAGAGCUUUUUAUUUUAUUGAUACUCAAAUCUAAGUUUGUUGUUUCCCCCCCUUUUCACAUUGCUUUUUUUUUUUUUUGUAUUUUUAAAAAAAUCGACCCUAAUGAAAAGAACAGGGUAAAAUGUCUGAGUGUGGGAAAGUGUAAGUAAGCAUGUGUAUGGCUGUGAGUGUGCUCUUGCUAUGUCUACAUCUAUGUUGCUAAGGAAAAAAAAUAUCCCCAAGUACUCUUUCCAUAUUCUUGUGUGUCAAUUUAUGCCUAAUAAAUGCCAAGUGCUUCAAAAGCA